GAUCGAGUGGAGCUGGAAGUGAUCCAGUUAAACGCUGUACGAAUUCACGUCCCCUCCGCGAGGCUGAUCGCAGGCACUGAGAUGCCCGUCUUCGUGGUGGGGCUGAACAACAUGCUGACUCCCUUUUCCUUCAGCAACGCCAACCCAGAGCUGAGUUUCCAGUGGUCAGUGAGCAAAAGAGACGUCCUGGAGCUGCUUCCUCGGCACAGGGAGGUCUCCAUUCAGCUCCCAGCGCAGAACAACGUCGCUAUGGUCGUGCGCACGAGGGCGGCAGGCAGAACAGGCAUCAGGGUGAAGGUGCAGUGCCUGAACGCGUCUGCUGGGCAGUUUGAAGGCAACGUGGCUGAGCUGUCAGACGAAGUGCAGGUCCUGGUGUUUGAAAAGCUGUCUGUAUUGCCUCCCUUGUUUUCCACUGAGCAAAUUUUAAUGUCCACGGAUUCUCAACUCGAGCUGUACACAAACAGGGAAGGGGCUGCGUCUGUCAGCUUCCAGAUCCUGCAGUGUUACCCCAACUCCUCGGUCCUCGAGGGACGCGAGCAAGGGCUCCUGAGGGCCGGGCCCAUCCCAGGCAUUGCUGCGCUGGAGGUGACUUCCCUGGAGCUCUUUGGAGUCAAUCAGACGAUCGUAACCAGCAUCCAGGUCGCCCCCAUUUCCUACAUCAAGAUAAACGUUGGUCCCCAAAUCCGUACCGGCAGCGGCGUUCCCUUGGCCGCCUUCCCCCUGGGAACGUCUUUGCUCAUUGCAGUGGAGUUCUACAACAGCAUCGGGGAGAAGUUUCACGCCCAGCACGCCCAGCUGCAGCUGGCUGUGAACAG